UAAAACAAAAGCACUCGACCUAAUACCCCAGAGGCAGUCAGACAGUCGAACCCGGUCGCUCCUGUUACAUACGGAGAAGAAAAGAAAACAAAAAAAAAAUAAGACGAGAUAAAUCUUCCGAUGCGACACACACGUGUUACACAUAACAAGGACGGGAAUACAUUUCAAAACGUGGAGAAUAUGUUUGGGCGUACGGUUUCGGAAGUGCUAGUUUGAUCAAAGACUGCCGUGCGGGUCAAGUGAUUCGGUGACAAUAUGACUUCAAAACAAUCGACAGACAUGCAGUGCCGUUAAAUCAUUCAUUGAACACGUGAAAUUAAUAAUUAGGUAGUUAAACACACUUACAAUUUAGAAAUCAAGUCCGAAUCAUUACAUAUACCAAAAAAUUGAACCAAAGACACCAAAAAUGCAAGCAAAUUACCCUCAAACGUACAAUAUUCAUCAGCAAACCACUCAAGCAAACCAUUAUUCUUACGUGUUAAAACAAAGUGACAACAUUAAAAUGUCGGACAGAUUUCUUAACAACUUUAACAAUAUUUCAUUGAGACAUUUCACCGACAAAAAUUUACACCAGAUUAAAUCCAAAUUUAAAAAUACCAUUUCACCAAAGUAUCAACCGUCACGUUAUCAUGCGAACGGUGCAGUUGCUAAUGCAAAAUACAACCAAGACGGACCCUAUAAGUUCGAAAGUGAAAUAGGUCAUUUCAGCAACGCUCAUAAGAAUGUUGAAAAUCGUAUGAUGAAUCAAUCAUCCCCCAGUUCGUCAUCCAGCGCAAACCUUAUCGAUUUAAUCGGAGAAGAAAAGUUCGACAUUAUUGGUGACAAUAAUUACAAUAAUAACACAUUUCAGAACUGUAAAAUGUAUUCAAGGUCAGACAGUGCGGACGGUAAUGUUAGUGAUUUGAAUGACGUCGGCAGGAAGUUUGUUGGGAAUUCCGAAAGGCGUGAAAAUAAUUUGGAAGAAAAGCCUGUCGGUGGACUACGGAGGACAACUGAAGAAGAAAACAAAUCGAAGUUUAAAGACACUGGUUAUGUAAGUGGUGGUAGUUCGUUGGAAAGUGAAGACGAAAAGGAACUGAAUCACAUUUUAGAACCACAGCACAGUGGCUGUGGAUCAAACGGACCAAGAAAGUGCUUAGCAUGGGCUUGUAAAGCUUGUAAAAAGAAAACUGUGACCAUCGACAGAAGAAAAGCUGCAACUCUAAGGGAAAGAAGGAGAUUAAGAAAGGUGAACGAAGCUUUCGAAUUGUUAAAACGACGAAGUUGUAACAAUCCUGGGCAGAGAUUGCCGAAAGUCGAAAUUUUGCGCAGUGCCAUCGAAUACAUAGAAUAUUUGGAAGAAAUACUUCAGGGAUCUAAAUCUUCAAUUGAAGCAAGCCAUGGAACACAGAAAAGUUCGGAAUACAUGAAUUGUCAAUCGUCGAAAUUUGUGUCUGACAACCUCCAACAAUUUAGUGAGCCUCUAAAUAAAUUUUCAACUGGAAUAGGUUUCGAGCUCUCUUCUACUACUUCUAGUCUGGACUGUUUAAAUCUGAUAGUGCAAAGUAUAACGGAUAAUUCAAAAUGUAAAGGUACCAAUGAACCUACGUGACACAUAUCUUAUUAAAACAUGUAAUAUAUUUGCCCAAUAAAUUGUUUACAAAAC